AUGGCAGCCAACGCCGAGCUUCCGUCGUCUCCGCCUCCUACUGACACGCCGGGUUUGAGAGCGAACCGGGCCUGUCGGCCUUGUGUACAGAUCAAGGCGAAAUGCGUUCCACUGGAAGGGUCUAUCAACUCCAUCUGUGUACGAUGCCACCGCCUGGGCAAACCCUGCACGACUCCGGCGCCGCUGCCACGCAAACGGCGCAACAACGGAAAACCAACCCGCGUGGCACAGUUGGAGGAGAAGAUCAAUACGCUGACGAACCUCUUGACAUCCAAUGAUGGCCCUCCACCUGCACGGCUUGAUCCUGUCGCUGCUCCAAGUGGUAGUUCUCAACACUCCCAACCUGCUCAUCCUCCUAUUUCGGAAAGCGGUUCUGGUGACCCGAAUGGACUAUGGUCAGCCUCGCUCCUGACUCCAACGUUAACACCACCUACAGGUGGGCGCAACAACAACGCCGAGACCAUCCAGGCUCAAUCCACCGCAACUCAUGCAAUCUGCUGCGGAAAAACUAUGAAACUUGUGGAACCCGCUGGUGUAAAUGCAGGCGGCCACUUUCGAGUGACUCUGGCUCCAGUGUUGGAAGAAAAGUUGUUCAGUGACUUCCGCACACAGAUGAAUAUCCAUUUCCCUUUUGUGGUGAUUCCACCUCAGGCAACGGCUGUUUCUCUUCGGGAAGAGAAACGGUUCCUUUUCCGGACUUGCAUCACUGCCGCUGCUCAAGCUGACCCGCCACUACUAAGGCAGCUGGCAGACGACUUGAUGAGGUACAUCGGAGAGCACAUCCUGAUGAAGGGGGAGAAGUCUCUUGACCUCCUACAAGGGCUCUUGGUGUUCUGCUCCUGGUUUCAGUACUACAACCACAACAAUCCCCAGGUGAUGAACCUUCUACAUUUGGCAACUGCCAUGGCCACAGACCUCGGGCUGAAUCGACCUAAGCAGCCUGCGGUAUUGGCUCCGAUCGGUAUGGUGGUUGACGCUGCGGAGAUGUUUCACGGCAAGUUAGUUAACAACGGUGUCCAGACCUUUGACGACCGACGAGCCCUACUUGGAGUCUACUACCUUUCUGGACAUUUUUCGUCCUGCUUUCGAAGAUCGGAUCCCAUGAGCUGGACGCAACACCUAGAAGAUUGUUGCAAUGCUCUUGUCGCAGCAGCCGAGUAUCCCUCUGAUAUCUAUGCUGUUCAAUUGGUCCGAUUGCAUCGGGUCAUAGAAGUAUAUUCUCCCUCCCUCGGCUUGAUGACAACAUCAAAUGUGCCUCUCCAAAGUCUCAUGAGAUGUCUUGAAAGAGACCUCCAGCAAUACCAGGAGAGCAUACCUUCCAGUCUUGCGGGAAACAAUCUCUUCCAGAUGCAAAUCCAGAGUGCUUAUCUCUGCCUCUACGAAACCAUAUUCGCAGUCCAGGUGGAAAGGGCAUAUCACCGUGCCGAAGCAUUACAUGCCUGUUUAAGUCAUAUUAGUCAAUUUUUUGACAGCUUAGAGGCCAUCCCUUGGCGGUAUGUGCCCAACUUGACUUUCUCGUUCUGGCUGAAUCUCGUUCAUGCCUUGGUUGUUCUGGCCAAGAUGUCGUUCCUUGUCCUCGACGGAUGGGAUCUGCAAUCGGUUAGGGACUCUGAAAUGAACUUCCCGUCGACUGUAGACCGGUUGGUGCAAAAGCUGGAAACCGUAUCCCACCAAAGCCUUUCCUCUGGGGACACGCCAGCAAGUAAUGCAGUUGCAACCCGCUUCAGCUUAUUCGCAGAGAAAAUGCGCCUUUGCAAGAAGUGGUACGCGAGCAAGCUCAACGCAGAAGCCAGCAUCUCCGCUUCAAGUCUUGAAACUGGUGCCCUUCCAGAAAACAUGCCUAUGGAGGAGUUAUUCGGGGGCUUUGAAGACAGCAUCUGGCCAGACCUCACAGCUGAUUGGAACGCCAACAUACAAUUUUAG